AUGGAAGAAGCCGAGGCUACACAGUUCCUCGAAUCCUUGCUUGGAAAGACCUUCAAUGUCACUGUUCUUGAUGGGCGUCUAUUUUCGGGAACAUUUCGAUGCACCGACAGUGACAGCAACAUCAUCCUUUCCAAUUCAUUCGAGUACAGAAUACCAUCUAGAGCGGCUGAAAAGGCCGCGAUUGACAAGUUAAAGACUACGGGACAGCCCAGCAGAGUGGACAUGACAUCGCGAUUCGUGGGCCUCAUUGUCAUUCCAGGCAAGCAGAUUGCAAAGAUGGAAGUCGAAGAGAAGAGAGAAUGGCCCGGCAGCCAGUCCUUGUCAAUUCGGACGCGACCAUGA